GCUCCUUUGAACUGUUGGCAGCAGCCAAGCGGCAGCAUGAAGUGAGAGAUCACUCCUGAGCUCAAGAUGAACUCUACCUUGGAUGGUAAUCAGAGCAGCCACCCUUUUUGCCUCUUGACGUUUGGCUAUUUGGAAACUGUCGAUUUUUGCCUUUUGGAAGUAUUGAUUAUUGUCUUUCUCACUGUAUUGAUUAUUUCUGGCAACAUUAUUGUGAUUUUUGUAUUUCACUGUGCACCUUUGUUGAACCACCAUACUACAAGUUACUUUAUUCAGACUAUGGCGUAUGCUGACCUCUUGGUUGGAGUCAGCUGCCUAGUCCCUUCUUUAUCACUCCUCCACUACCCUCUUCCAGUUAAGGAGUCUUUGACUUGCCAGGUAUUCGGUUUUGUAGUAUCAGUUCUGAAGAGUGUCUCCAUGGCCUCUCUGGCCUGUAUCAGCAUUGAUAGAUAUAUUGCCAUCACCAAACCUUUAACCUAUAAUACCCUGGUUACACCUUGGAGACUCCGCCUGUGUAUUUUCCUGAUUUGGCUAUAUUCCACCCUGGUCUUCCUGCCUUCCUUUUUCCACUGGGGCAAACCUGGAUAUCAUGGAGAUGUAUUUCAGUGGUGUGCAGAGUCCUGGCACACUGACCCCUACUUCACCCUGUUCAUCGUAGUGAUGUUGUAUGCCCCAGCAGCCCUCAUUGUGUGCUUCACCUAUUUCAACAUCUUCCGCAUUUGCCAACAGCACACAAAGGAGAUCAGCGAAAGGCAAGCCCGCUUCAGCAGCCAGAGUGGGGAGACUGGGGAGGUGCAGACCUGUCCCGAUAAGCGCUAUGCCAUGGUCCUAUUCCGAAUUACUAGUGUAUUUUACAUCCUCUGGUUGCCAUACAUCAUCUACUUCUUGUUGGAGAGCUCCACUGGCCACAGCAACCGCUUCGUAUCCUUCUUGACCACCUGGCUUGCUAUUAGUAACAGUUUCUGCAACUGUGUCAUUUAUAGUCUCUCCAACAGUGUCUUCCAAAGGGGACUAAAGCGCCUCUCAGGGGCCAUGUGUACUUCUUGUGCAAGUCAGACCAUAGCUAAAGACCCUUAUACAGUUAGGGGUAAAGACCCCCUUAAUGGAUGCCAUAUCUGAAGUGGUUCAGACACUGGGUCAGUGUGUGUGUGUGUGUGUGUUGUGUGUGUGUGUGUGUAUUUAUCUCUGUAUUCCUAGCUCACUAGGAAAUCUGGGACAAAAUAAUUGAACUCUAAGCAAUAGCAAACAAAUGAUCCAUCAAAAUUACCUUGUAAGUUUGCAGAAAUUAUUUUCUGAAAAGUGCUUUUGCAUCAGGAGAAUCAGAACCAUGAAGAUAAAUUGCUCUUGGUUCCAAUUUUUGUAAUGUCAUGGAAAUGACUACAUUUU